AUUGUCUUUGCUUUCACAAUAAAUAACAGGUGCCGUUAUUCCAUGGGAAUAACUUUUUUGGAGAAAUGUACACUAAAUUUUGGGCGUGGUACAGAUGCCACUGGAAAGGAAAUCUACUGAGUGACACGUAAAAAGGCAAGCUAAGUCAAGCUGUCAGCGCCGCUCCCGUCACAUAACGGCGAGCGUCGUAUUUAUAAGGUCGUACCUGUGCUGUAUUUAAAAAGUAGUCACCAUGGCGGAGGCAAAGCCGGUGGAUGAGAAGCGCGAGGAAUUCCGGCAGUAUCUGGAGCGUGGGGGCGUUAUGGACGCGCUGACAAGGGCACUCGUCGCCCUCUACGAGGAAAACGACAAACCACCGGACCCUGUCGACUACGUUCGCAAGGCGCUGGGCGACCUGCGCCCUACUGUUGGCGAGAUGGAGCAGGCACGUGAACAGGUUCAGGAAAGUGUGGCCGCCCUGCACAACUUGCGCGAGGAGAACGACCUGCUGCGAGGCAAGCUGGCGGAACUGGAGCCCGAGAACGAGAUCCUGGCGCAGCCGCGGCCCGGAGACGAUUUGGAGGAGGCGGCGCCAGCUGAGGGCGAUGAAGCGGAGGCCCCGCCAGCCGAGGAACACCACGCCGAGGAGACGGAGGCUGCGGCGCUGGAGGUCACCGAGGAGGUCGUGGCCGCGCCCGCAGAGUGACGGGCGCGCAACACUGAUUUCCCUUCAAUAAAACCGAUGCUAAACUGA